CCUAUGGGAUUGUGGGAGUCGUGGUUUGUCAGCACCGGGCCAGGAGGCCCAGCCGCGCUGAGUUAGCUUCCAGCUGCCUCUCAGGCUGGUGUCUACGAGUUGCGUUGGUCAGAAGUGAACUCACAGCUGGCCCGCCAUGAACUGGAAGGUUCUUGAACACGUGCCCUUGCUGCUGUACAUCUUGGCAGCCAAGACCCUGAUCCUCUGCCUGGCCUUCGCGGGAGUGAAAAUGUACCAGAGGAAAAGCCUGGACGCCAAACUGCAAGCCGAGAAGCAGCAGCGGUCGGAGAAGAAAGAGAGCUGAGGAGAUGGCAGAGAUCUGUUUCUUCACUUAUCAAACCGGACUCCAGGCCUCUCAGGGUUCAAAUAUGAAGAGCAAGGAUUCUAGAUUCUAGAUUACAGUUCCAGCAUCCGGCUGCAGAGCAGAAUUUCCUACACAGCUGCAUGGAUGCUGUGUUGCUUAUUAUUAUUAUUGAGAAUACAGAUUCUCAGGCCCCCUCAGGAAAGGGACCGAUGUCCCUGGUUCAGUCUGGGCAGUGUUUCAUUUGAAAACCCACCAGGGGAUUUUCAGUCUGCUCAGCUCCAGGUCGCUGAGGGGACCGCUGAACUGACUUUACAGUGUUGUGCACCCGGCGCCAUGCUUCUAAAAGUGGGUGUUCCCUCAGGCUGUUGGGAGUGAAGCAGGUGUCUUAGUGAUGGAGGUGAGACCGGAGCACUAAGGGGUGAUUUGGGGCUGGGCAUUUUACUGCGCAUUUCAUGCAUGGCUGCACUCCUCAGCCCCCACUGACAACUCUCUGAGGUGACAUCAGCCCGAAAGAACAGUGGGGAGCAGAGCUGGCAAUUGACCCACAAGCUGCAUCAUCUCCCCACAAAAAUGAGAGCAGAGGAGCACAGUGGUCCUGCCACCACUCGCUGGCCCUCAGUGAGUGGAGACGUCUGCGGGCGGAAGAACCCACCCCGUGGAACCUUGCCUUAUUGAUUGAAAUGCAAAAAUAAGCAGGAAGUGCAUGGCCCCAGUGCUAGUUGGAGGAGAGGGCUUGAUGAGCGACCUAAAAUGCUGAGGACAGUUAGUUCGAAUGCUGGUUGGGUUUAUGUUGCCGGCACAGCCAUGAUUCUGGUUACCUGAGAAGCUGGAAAGAUGGGGUGUGACGACAGUGUCCUUUAUGUCCCACUUUUCCAUUGAGCCCGUGCCAGACCGUGGGUGUGCACACCCCCACGUAGAACUGAUGGGGAGAUGGCCUUUCAGGACAGCAGCUGCCCCAAGCCUGCUUUUAGGAAAAGAAUCUUCAGAGAGAAAGAAAGCCAUGUUGUCUAAAGGCACCUACUAAUAGGUCAGGCUGAGCGGCCCCCACUGGAGUCGGAAUGCUCAUGCAUUGAUGCUGAGUAUGCAGAGCAGCUCUGUGUAUCCAGCGCCUCCUUCAUUACUCUGGUCUCCCUUGC